UACUACUAAAAAUAUUAACAUUAGUUUUAAUUUCCAAGUACUUUUACACGGCUUAUCUUUAUUUUCAGUAUGUUGUUUAUUUGAAUUUUUGACGAGUGUAAAAAAUAUAGGGAGGGGAAUGUUUGUCUGUGUGAAGUAAAAAUAUACUCCGACAAUAUGGCGCCGGAGGUCCUCCUUCACACUCAAAAAUUUUUUUUUAUUUCCAUAGAAGAAAGCAACGGAAAAAGGGAAGAUGAACAACAACAAAGGGCGCUGGAGGAUCACAUUACUCUUCCCCUACAUAUAUUUUUUUGUUUAGAAGUACAUUAA